UUGAGGUCUGAACAUCUACAAGCAGGUUGAAUACAUAGUUUAAUCAUGAAUUCAUACAUGAAUCAGAAGUGAGGUGACGUUCUUUAUUUUUUGGUCUGCAUUUUAAUGCGUCUCAAUGACUGGCGGUUAGUUCGUAUGGCAUUAGACUAUGGUUCGUCAGUUCACUCUUGGAGCCUUUUGCCUUACCAUAUUGUAAAACAUAUAUACAGUUAUUUAGGCGAUGAAGUCGUUUACGUUUCUACCGUAUGCAAACGCUGGCGUGGGGUCGCAUACACCGAUAAAUUUGUAUGGAAUAAACUACAUAUAUGUCCUCCUAAUUUUCCAGAAGUUGAAGCUUUCAAGAAUCAGAUUAUCCCCUUGAAAAUUUGUGACGAGAUUACUCUUGAAUUUGAUCCAGGGGAUGAGUCUCAUGUUGCUGUUUUGGAAUACACACUGAAUGCUUUGUGCUCGAAUGCUGGAAUACAUUCCAUAUCCCUACGACCGACAUUAAGACUUUUAUACAAUAAGUCCUCUUCAAAUAUCUCGAACCGGCUUUCAAAUAAAAUAAUAAAUGCUUUAUGCGACGUCAUUAUGAAUGCUAAAUGUUUAAAACAUUUUUAUUGGGGUGGAACUUAUUGUGGAAGUUAUGAAGUCAGCCGUGUAUUACAAUCAUUGGCAAAAAGUCAAAAGCAUAAUUUAUUAUCACUACAAAUUAUCAGAUUAUUUCAAAUCAAUCAAUCCAUGUCAUAUUUGAAUACAAGAUUAUUUAUAUUUUCCAACCUCAACCAGUUUUCUAUUAAUUACCUAAAUCUUUCGGAGGAUAUACUUUUAAUUUUAUCGAAGAAUUCAAACCAUCUUCGUAUUUUGAAACUUUUUGUACAAAAUAAUGUUCAAAAUCUUCCUAUUAUUCGAAAUCAAAUUUGGAGACAUGUGCAUGAAAUACUUCCUAAUUUUCGUGUGACUUUAUUCCUAAUUUGUGUAAAUGAUCUCAAACAAUCAACAGUCCAUUCGGAUUCAACCAAUCAACGAAUGUCUUUCAUACAAAAUACUACUCAAGAACUUGAUAAUCAUUUACCACCAUCAUCAUCAUAUUCAUCGAUGUCAUCAUCUUGUUCUGUCACCUCUACAUCCUCAUCGCCGACGUCUUCAUCUUCACCGCAUAUACCGGUGCAUUGUCGACUGGAAAAUGAACGUGAACAACACUUAAGCGAGUAUCAUCAUCCAUAUGGUGAACAGAAUCAAAUUUAUCAAUUACUUUCAACCAAACUUUUGCCUUCUGCUUUGCCUUUAAAUUCAAUUUAUAUAUACUAUUGUAAACCACAUCCAUUGUCUUAUCUUAUACAAUAUUUAAUGGAUACAUUUCCUAUGAGUUUAGAGCAUUUCUAUCUAAUUGAUACUUUCAAUAUAAUAUCUGUGAUGUCAAACAAUUCUAACGGUAUUUUACAUAAUAAUUCUCAUUAUACGGAAUAUACUACCAUUACCACUAGUAGUAAUGAUAAUAGUAGUGAUAGUAUUAAUAAUAAUGGCAAUAUCAUUAGAUUUAUUGCCAAUACACCAACAACGUCUUAUGAUGCUGUUGUUAAUUAUGAUAACUACGACUGUGUUGACUCUGAUUAUCAGUCGAUGUUCAGUUCUUAUUCAUCACAUUCAUUAUUACUGGAUAGUACAAGUGAUUUUGAUAUAUUGAGCUGUGAUUCUUCUUAUGAUCUAUUUGAUUAUGAAGAUAAAAGUUGUAGUAACAAUAACUAUUACUCAGGUAAUUUUUUGCUACCUGUUUCAACCAGUCUAUCUUUAACUUCAUCAUCUUCAUCUUUACCGGUACCAUCAGGGUCAUGCUUGUCUGAUGAUCAAAUACAUCAAUCAUUGGUAGCACCAGUUUCACUUCAUAAGAUGCUUGAACAAACUGAAUACUCUUCUAAUUCAGAAAUUAUAUCAAAAAAUGAGAUUGAUAGUUUGAGCAUAAUAAAAUCCGCUUUAUGUGAGGAAAGUGCUAUCAAUAAGGGUGGUUGUAGUGAUACAAGCGUUGUAUCUCAUCCAGCGCUCAUUUCUACUCGUGAUAGUAUCAAUACAACUAAUGCCAAUGUUAAUGAUUGUUGUGAUUAUUUACCUUACGAUCGUAAUUAUUAUCCCAAUUUUUCCGAGGCUCCACAAUCAUCUACUUCAUCAAAUCUAGUUUUUUACUCACCAAAUUUGUAUAAAGCGCCUGAUGAUGUCAAUCCUGAUCCGUUUGUCAUGUUAGCAUGGAGAUGUCAACAAUUGUCGCAUUUUACACUAAUUGGUUAUUGGUUUAAUAUUGUGGAUAUGAAAGCUUUUACAGCUCUUCGUGGCACAUCACUUAAAUCUUUUCGUAUUCCUAGUUGUUGUAUUUCUAUUGAUGAUCAAUCUUGGCCAUUUAAUUUGGAUGAGAAUUUAAAUGAAGUAAGUAAUUGAAAUAUCAAAAUAAAACGAUGUUAUCAGUAUCUAAUUAAUUUAUCUCUACAUGUUAAAUGAAAGCAUAUAACAAAGUAGUAACCUGUCCAUUACAUCUUCUGUUCAAGAAUAUUUACUACAAGCGAUGUGUAUUAUAGAUUAUUAAAUCAACAUGAAUCUUGGUGAAAUAAGUCAUUCAGUCAUACGCAUGCUUCAGUCUGGGCACCUGGGCAGUAUCACAGCCCUCACACAAAUCGAAUGAGAUUUGUGAGGCGCAUAUUUAUCUGGUGCUUCCCUGUACCAAUAUUUAUGUGUUUAAAUAAAUAAAUAAAAUAAAUACGCAACGUAAAUAACGUUACACAUACGUGCGAGAUAAAAUUAUUUCGAAAUAAAUUAAAGAGUAGUAAACAGUUUCAGUGGUGUUAGAAAGGAUUAGGUAGAGAAAAAGAAAAAAACGGUAUGCGAAAAUUUCGAGACUCGAAUUCUGAGGGAAGACUAGGAGUGAAUUUGUUCGAUUUACUAAAUCUUCAAACAUUUGAUAUUGUAGCAUAGUAUUCACAACUCCCAACUAGUGGCUCUUAUGAAUUUGAAUCACUCCAUUUAUAAAGGUAUAGAUAUUCGGGUAAAAACUUUUCAACUUAUACAUAAAAUUGCUACAACUCAUAAGUUGGUCUACGAAACUGAAGAUAGUUGGUGACUUAUUAGCUUAUCCUAACGAAAAGAGAUGUUUUUUGUUAUUGAGAACUGCCUUGAUAUGACUCUUUGUACUCUACACAUAAAUGAGAAAUUAUGUCACAAAAAGCAGGUUGAUUCGUAUUAAAUGUACACGGUAGUAGAAAUUAGUUUUAAUCUUUCUUUUUCAUACCAUUAUAACAUUGAGUAUUGUGAUUUUGACUAAACUGAAGUUGUUUUUGACAGAAAAAAACAAGUGAUAUAAUACGUUUUGUCAAUUCAUCAUCAUUUUUUCUCUCUUUAUCGUAUUCCUCAAUGAUAUUUUCAUUUUGAUGUCAUUUUCGAAAUUACCUCUCAUAUGUUUUCUAUAUCUUAAAUUGAUUAGAACUGAAAUAAUGAUUGUAUUUGAAAUUGUUUCUAUAACUUUAAUCAUAUAAUAAACGUAAUUAAGAAAGGCAUUAAAUAAACGUUUCUAGGUUUAUUCACUUUUUACGGAUUGUGACUUAUGGUUGCUCUCACAUGGCCACGAGUAUGUAGCCUCUGCCAGGGAAGUCCCACUCACUGCCUUCUCGCGGCGGGGGUGUUGUUUACGAAAUUGAGAGGACGAAAAUCGAAUGUCCGGCGCUAUAACCGGGUUGGUGGACAUGAAAAGUCUACCUAGGGGAGUUGGAAAACCCUGAUUACAAACCAAUGGUGCAGAUGGGCUCCAGGAUCCUGAAAGAACAAAUGGCGUAUGAACCAAUUAUUUGGUCACCGGCUACCAUGGGACUGCAUCUCCUCACGAUGCUCCACUGCCUUGUGGAUCAGAAAUUCAGGUCAAAGGCUCGGGGCGUGGCCCCCUAAGAAAACCAUAUGCUUCAGUUUGGGCACCUGAGUGGUAUCUCAGCCCUCACACAAAUCAAAUAAGAUUUGUGUUGCGCAUAUGUAUCUUAUGCUUCCUUUUACCAAUAUUUAUGUCCUCAAAUAAUAAUAAUAAUAAUUACCUAACUCAUAUAAUCUGCUUUAGGUAGAGUUUAUUUCAAAGCGAUGACAUAAUAGUAUAGUUCAAAGUUGAAUAGUGUUUGAAGUAAUCCACUAAUGAAUACUACAGCUAGAUUAAAUAAGAAAUUUUUAAAUAAACUAAAAUACAAGAGCGUAGAACAUUUUUUGAAUGAAUACAUCCUUUUACGUUGUAAUAACUAAAUGAUUAGGAAUGAAUAACAAGAAAUUAACGAAAGUUUAAAAUUUUUUAAUUAAAACAAGUCUUGGGAUAUUCAUAACUUAAUGUAAACCACCACUUCUUCGGAUAAUAAAAAUCAAUAAAUUAACACAAGUUUAUAUAGUACGAAGGGUUGUUACUUUAGUUCUGCCAUUUCAUCAUGACACAACUGAAGAAUUACAAAGAAUCCUUAGAUCAUACAGUAUUAAUGAACUCUAUAAAACAAUGAGUACUCUUUGAAAUUCUUUAGUUCAAAUACAAGAUAAAAUCCUUAUUACUUCAACACAGUCUUCUCAUGAAAUCAUGAUUAGUAUCAAAGAACACACAAAAAUACUUACAAAUAACCCUGUAGAACUAGAAAGUAGAAAAGAAGGUUUAACUAUCCAUCCAACAUGGACCAUUUAUUCAAAUAUCCGUACAACUAAUUCUCUUCACAUUUCACACCACUAACAAACAUAUUUCUAACGUUACUCUUCCACAUUACAAAUAUCACAUUUUCCACACCCACAAACAUACAUAAUUACACACAGCUAGGUUUCAUACAAAAAAGGUAACCUUGACUGAAAUGAGAUAAUGUUAAUAUAAUCAAUCCUAUUUUAAUUGUGAUUGUUCUGAAAAUAUUCUGCUUUAUGUCCUUUAUGGUAUUUAGAUUUGUGUUAAUUUGGUUCGUUUAUUAUUUUUAUUCUCGAAUUUUGCGAUAACCAUAUUACUAUUCAAUCAUUGAGUUGGUAAAAUUCGAUUAUUCACAUUCCUCAGUGAAUUUCCGGAAGUUUUAUUCUGAAAUCUUAAUUUAUGAAGGCGAAAAUGAUGCAUUUAUUCAAAUGUAACAUUGAGUAAUUUCAUAUUAUUUCACGGAUUAAUUGAAAUUAGAAAAAUAUGUACCAUAGAAUUUCGGCUUAACGACUGAAUGUUAUGAUGCUCAAUGAUAAAAUUUAAAGGUGGUGAGUAUGUACUACCAGAAUAUGAAGCUUUAUUGAGAUAGUUUUACUAUAGUCCUCCUAUUUGUAAUGAUUUUUCAGUUAAAAUGGCUAGGAACUUCCCCACUGCUUCAAAAUAAUACAUUUAAAGUGCUAUGUUUGAAGUGAUUCCGAGUUCAUCUACCCUGUGAACGGAACGAAGACCCAGUGACACGAUAACCAAUAAGCUAGGUAUCCCGAUGUGUCCCAGCCCCGCUAACUAGAGAGAUAAGUCCAAGUUCUGAAGAGGGAAUAUAUAUUCCCAAAGCAGCCAGAAACACGAACAACAACAAGGAGCACAAUUCAAGCGUAUAUAGAGCAUAAAAGUGUCCUUGGGAAGCGUUACAAAAU